UCUGUCAUUGUCUAUCUUCAUUUUGGAAAUAACCCACUUUCAGUAUGAAAGUGAAAACGUAUUAUGUGUUGGUGAUUUAUGGACUUAUAUUGGUUCAUUGCCAUGAUGAUGAAUGCAGUCAUCCAUACCGACGAGUUGGUGAAGGAUGUUAUCUAAUACACAAAGAUACUGUAUCAGGUGAUGCUGCUUUUGCAAAGUGCUUACUACUUGGGGCAUCGUUAGCAAACUUUGAAACCCUAAAUGAAGCAAUGUUGAUGAAGCACGAACUUGUAAAACUGAAUACAGGCGUGCACUAUUUCAUCGGAGGACGUAACAUCAAUAGAUAUAAGCCUGGUGGAGAUUGGAGAUGGAUCCGGAAGAACGGAGAUAUGGUGAAAAUGACAUACUUUGCAUUUGAUAGCGCAGAACCAGAUGGAACAGUUAGUCGUUCAGAAGAUUGUAUAUUCUUCUAUGCUUUCAGGAAAUACAAGUUUCACUCUGUCUGGUGCGAAAACGGAAGUUUACUAGGAGGAUAUAUUUGCCAGAAAUAAAAGGAGGAUAUAUUUGCCAGAAAUAAAUAAAGUCUGUCUGUUAGAAAUAAAGCAUACACAAAAGUGUAA